GUUUUUUAGCAGCUGCUGAACUGAGAGAGGAACACUGGCCAAGCCCUGAUGAGAGACACAAUGAGAAGUAUCGUUUCUCUAGCACUUUUCCUAAAGCUCAUUUCAUUUUCAGAUUCACAGCAGUUAAAGCUCACUAAGAACUCCGGGAAUCUCCAGUCUGGGAGCAAUGGGCCAGUGAAGUUGGAAUGCCAACCUAUUGGGUCUGAUUUAAGGGAUCUUGGGGUGUUCUGGUUCAGACAGAGGAAAGGCGCAUCAUCUCCAGAGUCAAUACUGUAUCAAUCCAACAUGGCCAACAGAUUAACACACAGCAAUUUACCAAACAAAGAGAGUUUCAAGUCAACUAAAGGGGGGACUAGCUACAGCUUGGAAAUCAAUCCAUUCGGAGAGAAGGACCAAGGGAUCUAUUAUUGUCUGGUUAAUAGUAAAUCAGUCCUGUAUAUCAGCCCUGGGGUCUCCAUCUACUAUCCUACAGUUACGACUCCAAAACCAACAACCAAGGCACGUGUAACAGCUCAAGCUCCAAAUAAACAGGGUCCGACACCUAAAGAUCCAUGCAAUUGCGAAACGAAUGCUUCAAAGAAAGAUGCUUCCAAAGAACCUUUCUGUGAAUUGUUAAUCUGGGCUCCUCUCGCAGGAUUGUGCGGACUUCUUCUUAUCGCUCUCCUAAUUACUUCUAUAUUGCUCUGUAAACGAACAAGGAGAAGACACUGCCGAUGUAAGCAUGUGCCUUUGAAUGAGAAGAAUGGAAAAGGCAGACUUCCCGGGAGAGUUGUGUAACAACACGUUUGUAAA